AUGGCUUGUUGGCCAUGCCUAUUGCCGCUGUGCAUUUCGACGGCCAUAGUACCUUUCCCACUGGUUAUUAUAAAGUCGCAAAGUAAUAAUGCAAAUUGUGAACCAGAUGUGUUUUGUACUGACAACACAUGUCCAAGACAACCAACUGCGCACCCCGUUAAUAUAUUCCUGACAAAGAAUGGAUUUAUGGUUAAAAAAGCUAAUAAACCCUUUGGUGUUCCAUUUUGGAAUGGAAUGUCAUAA